CUGCCUCGACGGUCGAUGUUGUUGUUUGUGCCUGCUAGUGCUGUAGCGUGCUUCGUGGCGGCGUCUUCUCGUGCUGCCUGGCUGUCGCCGCGAGGGUAUGCUGCGUUCUUGCGGUCCUGCCCCUCUUUUUCACAACAGGAGCGUGAAACCGGGAGCCUAGAGCCGGGAGCCGGGGAGAGCCUUUCGCGCGCGGGGGAGAGGUUAAAAGCUUUCUGCGCGGCGACAAACAAGCCACGCAGCUGGUUAACCGCCUCUGAAAGAGCGGAGCUACCAAAGAGAGAGGCGGCGCCGAAAGAAAGGGAUCGCAGGAUCUAUGUUCGCCCGGCGUACAGCCGCGCUCCCGCAGACUACGAAGGUAUGCCGGGUCCUGCUAGUGAUGGUGCUGGUCACGGGCUGGUGCUAGUCACGGGGGUGCUGGCGCUGGUCACGGUGGUGCUGAUGUUGGUCACCUUGGCGUUGGUAUCCGUAACCCUGACGUUCUUCGGACUUUUCGCGGAUUUCGCGAAUGGUUGUUAGCGUUUGCCAGGUGUUUGCCACAGGACGUACGGGCUCUACCUUGGCGGCUCUUUUUGCUGUCAUUUUCGGUUUCUUCAUUUGUCUCGAAGUCGCAAUUAGUCUUUUCGAAGGACGACGAGGUGACCUGCCCCUUGGAAUGUGUGCACGCUUCUACGCCGUUGACAGCCAACGGCCUGUCGGAUGUUCCAACGAUUGAGCAAUAGUGUUCCGGAUGCUCGUUUUGUCCCCACGUACCAUCAAUCGUGCUCGGGUAACCCGCGUGUAUGUAUGUGCCUGGUUUCGAUAGUGUUUGGAGCCUGGAUGAAUUGGUGCUACUCUACAAGCUUCGUCAGAGACCUGCAAGAUAGUACCGAAGUCUCUCAUGAGUGAGGAACGACUCAUGAGUGAGCCGGAGCGACUCAUGAGUGAGGAACCACGGUCCGGUUGGUAUCUACGAGAGAGGCUGGUUUGUACCUCGCCCAGCAAGGAAUUUCGUUGCACGACCGUUCAAGGUUGAGGUUGCUGAUCUGUAUGUUCACCUUUUCCUUCGUUUGCCGGUUUUCCGGUGAUCAUCUAGCUUUAUCUGUUUGUCAACGGUUUCAUGUGGAGUAGGAUAUUUUUUCCAGAUAACCAGGAGUUUGGACUCGAUGCGUUUGGUCUUGCACAAAAAUAGCUCGAAAUACGCGUCCCCUUCGAGCUAUCUUAUGUAUUACCUUUGCUUCGUCGGGUUGGGGUACGGUUCCAGCUCUAUUUGUAUUCGCCAAGCAAGGUGUUUUUACGUUUGUUGUUCUCAGUAUGAUAUUCGUCAAAGAAUCCAAGGCCGCUACGCAGCGGGGACAAGC